AUGAAGCGUCUCUUCACGCGACCAUUCGUCCCCAAGCCCGCGGCUGCAAAUUCCGCUCCGGACGCCUCACCCGCGCCCGCAAAUCCUGCGGCCCACCAUGUCGGCCUCCAACCGAAGGACAUCCUUCCCCCAGUCCCGCACCCAUGUCCUUAUGAGCACAUUUCGUUGUUGGCCACCCCCGAGGGCCUGCUCAUGCGCCCGCGGCAUCCUGGCCGGCCACAGAGCGAGGAGGAGGAGACGGAGGUGAAGAUCGACUGGGGCAAGGGCGGCAAAGUGCAAACGCUUGCCUCGAAGGUUCCGGGCGCACAGUGGGACGAGAGUGCGGUCGUGUAUGGCAUCGUCGGGUUCCUCGAACUCUAUUCUGCGUCCUAUCUCCUCGUGGUCUCGUCGCGGACCCCGAUAGGUGACUUCUUCGACCCGAGGCACACCGUGUACGGCGUGAAGGGCGUGACCGCCAUCCCGCUCGAGGAAGAACGUGCGCAGGCGGUCCUGGCCGCUUUGGUCGCCCGUAACAAGGUUGAUCGGCGUACCUCCCUUCUGCCUCCCGAGGUCCCGCAAGAGGAGGACUUGGAUGGCGAAGCUACUGGGGUCACCGCUUCGGAUGGACGAGCGUCCCCUCGCGUCAAAUUUGCCGAGGAAUUAGACAUUAAGAUGGUCUCGCCACGGCCCGAGCAGACCUUCGACUUGGCAGACGGCGACAGGCCGCCUUCGCCAUCCUCGUCGACAGCUUCGACGCCAUCGUCCAUCGUCUCUACGAACAGUGAAACUGUGGUGAAGACGUUGGCUAACCGGUUGUCCUUCUGGUCUCUGGCGUCCCGGAGGAAUUCCAAGCAUAAUUCUAUCGACCAUGUGUUGAUGGAACAGCCUGGGACCGAAGAGGUAGAUCCCGUGAAUGCGCCUUCAAUCAUCAAAGACCCUUCGAAGGAACCCGAGGAAGUGAUUGAAAGUAUCAUCGCGGCAUCCGCACCCGCACCAGACACCGCAGAGCAAAGGCAUUCCGAGCUCGAAGAGAAGAUCGUGCGGGAAUGUGUGCGGGAGUUUUCGCGGGGUGGGAUGUACUUCACCUACACAUUUGACAUGACCCGCUCUUUGCAACACAAACACGAACUCGUUUCCGCUGCGAAGUCGAAGACUGUGUUGCUAGAUAAAUUGGACGCCCUAGACGAGUCUCAGCGACUGGGCCCGGCGACUGAGAAGGUCGACGUACUCGUAGAACCAUCCGCUGCGCUACCACUCUGGCGACGAGUCGACCGCCGGUUCUGGUGGAAUGAGUGGUUGUCGAAACCUCUCAUUGACGCCGGACUUCAUUCAUACGUAAUGCCUAUCAUGCAAGGAUUCUUCCAAGUCUCAUCGUUCCAGAUUGAGAGAGAACCCGUCGCGGAUGAGGAGGGGGACAGCGUAGCCGUGGAGUAUGUUGUAAUCUCGCGUCGCUCAAGGGACCGUGCAGGGCUCAGGUAUCAACGUCGAGGUAUCGACGAUGACUCAAACGUAGCCAACUUUGUUGAGACUGAAACCAUUAUGAGGGUGGAGCGAGAAGGUUUCGCAAAUGUCUUUGCCCAUGUCCAGGUUAGGGGUUCAAUCCCGUUGUACUGGAAUCAGCAAGGAGCAGGUUUGAAACCAGCGCCUCAAUUGGAUCCCGAUCGCACGCACGAUCAGAACUCGCGUGCAAUAUCACGACAUCUAUCGCGAGUUACUGCCGCAUAUGGUCCCCUGACAAUCGUCAACUUGGCUGAGCUGCACGGGAAAGAAGGCCAGGUAACCAACGCAUUCGGCGAUUACGUGUCUGAACUAGCAUCGGAGGAUGUUCGGUAUCAUGCGUACGACUUCCACGCUGAGACUCGAGGGAUGAAAUAUGAGAACAUCUCCAAUCUUAUUGACAAACUCGAGAGAACAUUCGAGAGCCAAGGGUAUUUCUGGAUCUCCAGUGACCGUAUCAUGUCACAACAGAAAGGCGUCUUCCGCGUCAAUUGUAUCGACUGUCUGGAUCGAACUAAUGUCGUUGAGUCUGCUUUUGCACGGCAUGUAUUGAACAGGCAACUCGGCGCAGUGGCUCUCCUCAAUCAGGAGGAUGGCCGUCGCACGGAAAUGGACGUUGUCUUCAAUGAUGUGUGGGCAAACAAUGGCGAUGCUAUCAGUCGUUUCAUUGCUCUGCUGCGAGCUGCGGCUGAUGUUUCACCACUGUGCAGAACGGGCAAGCGCGACUUGGCCGGAAUGCUCAACGAUGGGGUGAACUCUCUGGCACGAAUGUACACGUCGACAUUCGCUGACUGGUUCAGCCAAGCGGUCAUUGACUUCAUGCUCGGAACGCGGACUACUUCCGUUUUCUCCGAGUUCCUCAAUAAGCUGCAGUCCACCGACCCGCGAGAUCUCAUCCGGAUAUCCAAGAUUCGCGCAGACGCCAUCGCCACGUGCGUCUCACGCGUGCUUUCUGAAGGAGAACGCUUGUUGUCCGGGUGGACGCUUUUUGCGCCCGAGCAACUGAACGCAAAAGUGGGAGACAAAUUUGAGGAGAAGGUUCUUCUGCUGAGCGUCAAAGCACUAUACAUUAUUAGCUAUGACUAUACCCUGGAGAAGGUGAAGAUCUAUACCCGCGUUCCCCUUGGUGAAAUAGUGGGUAUCACCAAAGGGGUUUAUAUCCUCUCGCCCCUCGAGGAGGCGAGCCGUGAUCCGUUGCAGAACGCUGGAUUCGUUGUGACGUGGAACAACUCCGACCGACAGGACACCCGCGUCGCGAGUUAUUCGAUCCGGAACAGCCUCGAUUUUGCAAAUACACCGCCAUCUCCACCCCCACGCAAGACCGGCAGUCGUUUCUCAAUCGCGUUGCCGCGGAGGCCGACCCUUCCCAUGGCUUUAUCUCGCGUGUUGGCGGAAACUGCAGGCCCGACCGCAGGGCAGGAGACUAUCUUCGCCGCGUUCAAGGCACUGCCUGUGGACCCGGCACGUGCCCGACGCGAGACGGGAAGCUUCAUUCAAUCCCAGGACGACUACACGACUGCUCAGAAUUGCAAGGAGGCGGUGGACCUCAUUGUGAACGCCAUUCAACAGGCGUGUAAAGACUUGGGGAACGAGCACCAAGGCUUGUUGGAGGAAGCGGAUGUCGUGAGUUUGGCAGAUGCGCAACGGAUGACGAGCGUUUAUGCAAAGAUGGAGUACGGCGUGAAGAGACUAUUGUGGCUCGGGAGUUGA